UCCCCGUGCUGUCUCCCACAGGCUGCUCAGAACAUGCUCACCAGGUGCCAGUCCAUGGGGUACCGGGAACACGGCAUCCUCUGCGUCGCUCUCCAUCCCGGAUGGGUGCAAACAGACAUGGGGAACGUGGCCGGAUGCACGCCCCCGCUGACGGUGGACGCGAGCGUAGGAGGGAUGCUGAAGGUGCUCUCCAACCUCUCCGAGAAGGACAGCGGGGCCUUCCUGGACUGGGAAGGGAACGUUGUGGCCUGGUGA